CCAAAUUCCGUCUGACCUACAUACCUCUUAAUUCCAACGACAAAUGACCAGUCAGUUCCGUAGCCUUACCUAGGUUCCUUUAGUUAAGCCCCUUUUUCUUUUAGAUCAAGGGCGAAAUAACCUUCUCUCGUCGCUUCGUCUUUCUCAACGUUCGUCGGCCCAAAACGACACGUUAAAAUGGAGGUUGUCGCAGCCAUAGCAGCGUGGGCAAUAUCUGCUACCUGUCGAAACAUUCCUGCCAACAGCUUGUUCGCGGGCCUUUGUAAUCGAGGAAUCGACGUCGAAGAGCUUGCAGGGCGACUUUCUCCAGGUGCAAAAGUAUAUAAGCCAGGAACCGAUGCUUUUGCCCAAGCAACAACGCGAUGGUCGACAUUGGAUGCUCCCGGAGUGGAUGUUGUCGUCGUUCCCAGUGUCGAAAGCGACGUUGCCGAGACGGUUAAAUACGGCAAUGAAAGAAACAUACCCUAUCUCCCGGUUAAUGGCGGCCAUGGUGCCAUUAUAACCGUAGGAAAGAUGCGAGGGGGUAUUGAGAUUUGGAUGAACGACUUGAAUGCCGUCGAAAUCGCAGGCGAUGGAAAAACGGCAAAGAUCGGAGGCGGUACCCUAUCUAAAACAGUAACAGACACUUUAUGGGCGGCAGGGAAGCAGACAUCAACCGGAGCAUGUGAAUGCACCAGUAUCCUCGGGCCCGGGCUGGGCGGUGGCCAUGGUUUCCACCAGGGACGUUACGGACUUGUUGCGGACCAGUUUCUUUCAAUGAACAUAGUCCUAGCCGACGGAAGUCUCCGAACAAUUGACGAAACUUCCGACCUUUGGUGGGCUAUGAAGGGCGCCGGCCAUAACUUUGGUAUUGUUACCUCUGUGACCUCGAAGAUCUACGACGUCGAGAGCCCCAAUUGGGCAUACGUAGUCUUUACUUUUACGGGCGACAAGAUUGAGGAGCUCUAUGAAACCACCAAGAACCAUCUUCUGAAAAAUGGCACACAACCCAAAGAAGUCAUCAACUAUUCGUACUACAUCAAUCUUCCCGAUGUAGACCCAGACAACACCGUCGUUCUCUUCUACAUUCUCCAAGGAGGAGUACAAGUGGUUGAUUCGGACUUGACGAACCCCUUCGUUGAGCUGGGGCCAGUCGCUACGACCAGUUCUGCGGGAACAUACCUCGACCUCGCAGCAUGGACGGGCAACGGCAAUGCGGAUCCACCAUGUCAAAAAGUUGGUCUCGUUAACACCCGUUUCCCCAUCGACGUCGAAACCUAUGACAUCCAGGCCCAGCGGCAGGUAUACGACCUGUUCUCCUCAGCCACCCACGAGACCCCGGCGCUCAACGGUUCUCUUUUCCUCUUCGAAGGCUAUUCCUUGCAAGCGGUAAAAGCCGUUCCUCAAGAAUCAACAGCCGUUUCCUACCGGGGUGAUAACCUGUUAUUCGCCCCGCUCAUCAUCUACCCGCCAGAGGGAGAAGAGCUCAAGAAAAAGGCAGCCAAGCUAGGCGAAGACCUCCGUCAGAUCCUCCACAAAGCCACCGGCCGAAAGGAGAUGCACACAUAUGUCAACUAUGCUUUUGGAACCGAAACAAAGGAGCAAAUGUACGGACACGAGGAGUGGCGUCAGAAGAAGUUGCUUGACCUCAAAAACAAGUACGAUCCUGAUCGUAAGUUCAGCUUCUACGCGCCUAUCGCUUAGGUGCGUGGUUUCAACUUGAAAUCCCGAGGUUUACAAAUGAUGCGUUUCCAAGGGGCUUGUCACAUUAAAUUCUAGGGAAUCUCAUUACCUCCUCAAAUAGUUCUUUUCAUGAACCUUUGACAGCUUUUACGUUUCAGUAAAUAGAUAAACGAUGUCUAACGUUCGUAGAUUACUGUAUAGUAGUUAAAAGUAGCAUAGGUUAUCAUAAACCGC